UGGGCGAGCCGUAGUAGCUUUGUAUUUUUUGUUAAUGUGCUAAUGCUUCAUUUUUAAAAUGCUAUGGACAUUAUGGCAAACUCAAUUCCUUUAUAACUCAAAACGGUCAUUUAUGAGCGAUUGAUUCACAUAAGUUGACGAGAAAGAGUUCCCUUGACUCUCCGACUCUCUGUCUAAAUUCGGCCAUGCGUCGUGUCAAAUCACGGGCGGACAAAAGCAGCAUCGAUGUAGGUCCUGUUAGUGCUCCUCCACCACCGGCCUCAGUCCAACCUAUAGUAGAGACUAUGGACACUGCAGCCGACGACCACCUCACUGACAUGAUCACACAAGAGGAGGGGGAGGAGGUGGCGGUGGACAUCAUAGCAGAUGUGAUGGAAAAUGUAAUGGACAGAUGCUGUCAGGUGUAUCUAAAGAGACAGCUGAUACCUUUCUCAGUUUGGUGGGCGCGAAAUAACCUGGUGCAGACGCUUGAAUGUCUUUUCCUUAUGAGGGAUGAGGGGGAUGAUCCAGAACGUGAACCUUUUUGGAAAGAGGACCCAGAACCUCAGCCUGGGGCUAUUGAUUCUUGGGCUGAGGGUUGUGUGCCUGUGGUGCAUGCUGCUCAGAUAUAACACACACCUUUAUGAUAGCUUCUCUUUUAUCUCUAUCUUCUCCUUCCACAUGGUAUCCCACCAUCAGCUGAUACACAAUAACACCAAUCACAGAACCAAUGAAUGGGACAAAGACGGGUACAAGAGACCAGAAAGAGUUUGCUCUGUGAU